GCUGCCGGGAGUCUAGACAGGGGCAGAAAUCAGGAGGAAGAGGAGGCGGCGGCAGCGAUGGGGGGAGGAGGAGGAGGAUGUGAAAAACUGGACUCCAGUUCUCCCACUCCUAGGUACCGCAUUGGCCUGUCUAAGAAAUCCCCUACAGUACUGUUGCUGCCAGCACCGCUCACAGACGUGGACAGCAGUAAAAUCACUGACCCUCCAGGCACCAUUAGGAAAACGACCAAUAAUCAUAUUCUCAGCCGUGCUGCUGGUAGCUAUAAUGUUGAAUCCAGGAUCUAUACAGCUACUAAUAGCCUUCCCCCGGGUGGAACCACCUCCUCCCUUAGACUCAACCACUCCAAUCAUACGGGUUCAAAUCAUACCUACCUGAAAAACACCUACAAGAAGAAUCUCUCAGAGCCCGAGGAGGAGCUUCUCCAGCAGUUCAAAAGAGAGGAGGUAUCCACCACUGGAGGCUUCAGUGCACAUUACCUGUCCAUGUUCCUCUUAACUGCUGCAUGCUUGUUCUUUCUGAUACUGGGAUUCACAUACCUGAGAAUGAGAGGUUCUGGAGUAGCUGAGGAUGUAGAAGUCAACAUUAAAAAUCCCUUCAGUGGAAAACUGCAAAAAAUACAAGAAGAUGAAAUAAGUCUCAUGAUGAACAGCUUAUAUGCACUUCAUGAUAAAUUGGCACAAGUAGCAGGGGAACAUGAAUGUGGCAGCUCUAAUCAAAGAAAUCUUACCGUCCAGGAGGCAGCUGCAUAUUUGAAAAAUUUAGAUCCAGAAUAUGAAAGUGUACUCAACACAUCACUACAAUGGAUCUUGAAUAGUGGGGAAGAUGUUGGCAUAAAGUGUCUCAGCAAUGACUCAGAUGAGAUAAAUGUCACUAAUGUGACAGAUGUGAAAUAUCUGGAAUCUACUAGUCCAAAGAUGUCUUUCAGGUGUCGUUUUCGCCGUGCAUUUAUUAAUGUAACUCACAGAUUGUCAAUACUGCUUUUGGGUGUAGCAAUGGUGUGGGGAGUCUUGCACUACAUGAAAUAUCGUUGGGCAAAGGAGGAAGAGGAGACGAGGCAGAUGUAUGAUAUGGUGGUAAAAAUCAUAGAUGUUCUAAGAAGUCACAGUGAGGCAUGUUCUGAAAAUAAAGACUUGCAGCCUUAUAUGCCUAUUCCACAUGUGCGUGACUCUCUAAUACCUCCUCAGGACAGGAAGAAAAUGAGGAAAGUCUGGAGUAGAGCAGUUGACUUCCUUGCAGCAAAUGAAUCUAGAGUUCGCACAGAGACACGAAGAAUAGGUGGUGCUGAGUUCUUGGUUUGGAAGUGGAUGCAGCCUUCUGCGGCGUGUGACAAAAUUUUAGUAAUACCGUCGAAAGUAUGGCAAGGCCAAGCGUUUCAUCUAGAUAGAAGAAAUUCACCACCGAACAGCUUAACACCAUGUCUGAAGAUUCGCAAUAUGUUUGAUCCAGUUAUGGAAAUAGGUGAUCACUGGCAUUUAGCAAUUCAAGAAGCCAUCUUGGAGAAAUGCAGUGAUAACGAUGGAAUUGUUCAUAUUGCUGUGGACAAAAAUUCACGUGAGGGUUGCGUGUAUGUCAAGUGUCUGUCUCCAGAGUAUGCUGGAAAGGCUUUUAAGGCAUUACAUGGCUCUUGGUUUGAUGGAAAGCUGGUAACAGUAAAAUACCUGCGGCUAGAUCGAUAUCAUCAUCGUUUUCCCCAGGCUCUUACUUGCAACACUCCCCUGAAGCCAUCAAACAAACACAUGAACUCUAUGUCACAUCUCCGUCUUCGGACAGGCACAGCUAAUUCUCAGGGAGGUUCCUGAGAAGACUUUCUACAACUGCUAGGACUGUUACUGCAACAGGAAAAUUCCUGUUUGGCUGCCGUCUUCCUUUUUUAGUGCUUUUUGUAUGUGAUACUUUAAUGGAUUAAAUAAAAGUUUUGAACGUUCCAGAAAUCUUGUUUCCAAAGGGACUUAGCAAUGAGGCAGUAAUACUGAGCUGA